AGCCGGUGAUAAUCAAAGGUAACUGAAGAACGACGACACUUUGGGAUUUCAUCGAGCAGAAAAAAGAACACGGACAAAAACGGAACCAUUGCUGACAAAGUUGGAAGACGUGACAAACACUUGUUUCUUUUUUGAGCUCCAUCUUUCACUUCUGUCAUGUAAUUUUUUUUUUGGUGCGAAACUCACACUCUUGAGAUCAGUUGAUUUGAUCAUCAUUGUUUUUGUUGAUUAGAAUUGAAAUUGAUUCUUCUCGAAAACGUGAAUCUACGAAAUAAUUCAUUGGCCUGAAGAAGUGUUUUCUGCUCAUGAUCAUUUGAAAGUAGCAUUUCAAACGAAAAAAAAGUCCAACGGCGGGAAACGAAAAAAAAACAUUCCAAGAAAAAAACUAAGAACUUAAUCAGUGUGUGUACAUUAAAUGUGCUAGAAAAACAGGAGAAAGCGAUAGAAUUGGCGAAGAAAAGACAAUUUCACCAGCAAUUUUUGAUUUUGCUGAAUUGGGUUUGCACUGUUUGAUCGGAAGUUUUUGUGUGUGUUUUGUUAACGAUUUGAAAAGAUUCAGGAGAACUACUACUACUGGACAGUUGAAAUUCACAUUCCCAAUCAUAGAGAUACACGGGAAAAAAGACACUUGUUCUAGGUGAUUAGCAAACUGGGCGAAUUUUUCAAUUUACUUUCAUCUCACCCACCUACCAACCAGUCAACGAAAAAUAUUAGAGUAGUGAAUAUAUAUAUAGACGGACAAGUCAAAAUUGGUGACGAAGAAAGAUGUGGCCUAUUUGCGCAAAAAUGAUAUCGUGGAGUAACAUGAUGGCCACUGGAGUUUUGUUAAAUCUCUUCAUUUUAUCGCUGAUAUCAUCAUCGAAUCUAUUGGCUCAUGCACAGGAAGAAGAUUUAUUAGUGACAGAAUUCAGUAUAAUUGGUCAUACGGGCAGUAGCAGUGAUUCAACGCCUGGUGGCAUUUCGACGAGUGCGAGUGGUUUCGAAAGUAGAGCCAGCACAGGCAGUGGAAGCACCGAAGCUGGCAAUGACGGUGACAACAGCAGCAAUGUAAGUUUGAAUGACAGCAAUACCGGCAAUGGCAUCACCAGCGAUGGAUUGCCCAGUUUAGAAACAUCGCCAUCAACUCGCCAAUAUAUCGCUGUUACGCAAUCGUCAAUCAUUAAACGCAAGGGACCAUUGAAACCGGAAUCAGCCGACGUUGAGAAAACAAUUACAAUCGCCGAUAGCAAUCAAAAUCAUUCAACGGAAGCGCUCACUCAAGAUGGAAGUCAAAAAGAUCCGGUGGUUUAUCUAUCCGAAACGGCUGGCUAUAUUCCAGUUACAUCGUUGCGUAAUCGGCCUACUGGAAUCAAUGCGGGCUAUCAUAUCGAUGGCGAUAUCGAUGGAUGGCGUCAUGAAUCAUGGGACCGAGACUAUAACCAUCGAAAUCGAUUCAACAAUACUCGAGUACAACAUAUUGAAGCCGAGUGUCAAGAUGAUUACAUGAAGAUUCGUAUUGGAUUUAAUGGAUCAUUUACCGGUCUCUUAUACUCAGCUGGUUAUGCGUAUGAUCCAGACUGUAUGUACAUCAAUGGUUCAGGUCGAGAUUACUACGAAUUUUACAUUCAAUUAAAUCGUUGCGGAACAUUGGGAAAAAAUGCAAUUAGUGAAAAAUCACGCGAAAAUCCAACGAAUUUCAUGUGGAACACAAUCACCGUACAGUAUAAUCCAUUGAUUGAAGAGGAGUUUGAUGAACAUUUCAAAGUGACUUGUGAAUAUGGCUAUGAUUUCUGGAAAACCGUCACAUUUCCAUUCUUGGAUGUUGAAGUGGCAACGGGAAAUCCUGUUGUUUUCACAUUGAGCCCCCCGGAAUGCUAUAUGGAAAUUCGUAACGGUUAUGGCAUUGGUGGUACGCGUGUAACUGGACCCGUUCGUGUUGGCGAUCCGCUAACUUUGAUGAUUUACAUGCGCAGCAAAUACGACGGUUUCGAUAUUGUUGUAAACGAUUGUUAUGCACAUAAUGGAGCCAAUAAACGUAUCCAAUUAAUCGACGAAUUGGGUUGUCCCGUUGACGAUAAAUUGAUUUCACGCUUCCGCGGCUCAUGGUCCGAUACUGGUGUUUACGAAACUCAGGUGUACGCAUACAUGAAAACAUUCCGAUUUACUGGCUCGCCCGCGCUAUACAUUGAAUGUGAUGUUCGGAUGUGCCAUGGCAGAUGCCCGAGUCAACAGUGUCAUUGGCGGAACAUUAAAUCGGUGACCAAGCGUGAUGUAUCCAACGUAAAUAAAACAAUUGCAAAUGAAGUAGCCGAGAAUAGUAAAAAGGAAAAAAGCGUUUCCGACAAUAUUAGCUUGUUCCAAUCGCUUCGAGUGCUGCAAGAAGGCGAAGGUGAUGAAUUCAGUUCGGCCGUUCAAAGUGUUAAGGAGCCAAACGAAACCUGCUUAAAAACGACCGUGCUUUCGUCAUUUAUGUUCGCCACAUUCAUUCUAUUCGCCAUUUUAACUGUAUCACUGUGGAUGACAUGCACAAAAUUACGCUAUCGAAACAAAGACUCCGGCCUUUAUAACGCCUACAUUAACCACAAAGGACAAAUCGACUGAAUCAAUUCUGCUGGUGCUAAUUUGGCUAGCGUUGCAUGCGCAAACAAAUCCUCCCCCCACGUAACAUGACAUUCAAUAGAACCCCAUUUUUAUUUCUUAAAAUUAGGUUAACUAUUAAGCGUACAACCUUUUUUUUUAAAAUAAAUUAGUAGUAAAGCCAAUCAUACUUUUAGUAACAUUAGUUUUACAAUGAUUUACCGCGAGAAAAAAUAACACUUCAUUUUCUGAAGGAAUAUUAUGACAGCUAAACGAAUUGUGUGCAUUAAGUGUAGUUUAAAAAUGUAAACUUACCAGAAUCCAAUUAUAGCUACUAUUUGUCAUGAGAACAUUUCUUUCUCUCAGAAGAAUCAUUUGCACAAUUUGAUUUAUUUCUUUCUUUCAAGGUUUUAUGCUUUCUUCUGGCUCAAUAGAAUAGAUUUUAUAAGUAAUCGAUAGCUGGAAAUUUAUCACCUAGAAAAGUCAAUCGAUCACACAUUUUACAGCGAACUGCCAAUGUUCAAGUAUUUCUUUUCAAAAACAAAAUCGUAUCACCUUAAUUUUUUUAUUUUUAGUUGAUAUCAAGAAAUUCUAAUUUUUUUUAUAUGUGCAAAAUGCCCCUCAUCGAUCGCACAGUUAUUCUUUAAGUAGUUUAGCAUUUAAACAAUUUUAAUUGGAUCCAUUUUUUAUGUAGCAACAAACAUACAUUUCGACAACAAAGUAUCGGAGCUGCCUAGUAGAAAAAAAAUCGAUCCUGAAAAUUUGGUGGUGGCCAUCAAAAUUUUUUUUUUUAAAUUAAUUUUCCUUUGUAAUCUUGGCAUUUUAAAUACAGCUCAUCACAAAAAAAGCAACAUAUGAUAUUGGCAUUGAUUUUGAACGGUUCAUGUUCGGAAAAUUAAUCGAAACAAAUAUAUGCAUGGUAGAGAUAUUCAUUUUUAUAUCUAUUGUUAUUAAUUAAAUCAGCAUUAAUUGAUCUGAAAGAUGCUUGAAAAAGAAAAAAAAAACACUCCAACAAACGAUCUACAACCCGGGUACAAAUUUAUUGAACAACAUCUAACCGUUUCACACAAAUUAAAUUGAAGUUAUGCAUUAUCGCUUGAACAGGAACAUGGAAUCAACAAAUUUGAUAACUGUGCUGCAUGUACACAGUCGGCAGAAAAAUAUAACAAUUAGUUCCAUUUAGUUUUAAGUAAAAGAAGUAGGAAGAAAAAAUGAACAAGAAUUCAAGUAAGAAAGAUGAAAAAAAAAUCGAAAAACUUGAGAAAAAAAUACGAAGAACAUUGAAAUGUAAUUUACUAGUUUGAUUAUUAAGAGUAGAAUGUACGUAUGCAGCAGAAAUGCAGAAAAACCAAUGGGAUUCAUAAAAUCCCAUUGAAAAUAUGCUAGAGCGUAAGAGAUAAAAUGACAUUUAGUUUUUAUUGAUUGUAGCAUUUCUAUGUGGAAAUAAAUGAAUAGUGACGUGAUUUUUUUUUAGUAACAUCGAAAUUGGCACUUUCUUCUAUGACUGUCAACCAUUGUUCAGAAGAAAAAUGGUGAGAAAACUCAAACAGUUCAACUAGACAAACAGUAAAUUCAAGUUUAGGAAAUAUCUCAAUAAAGAGCAUAUUUCAUAUGUUCAAAGCAAUCGCGUCGCUUAUUCCGAAAACGGCAAUGUAUUUCAAAUGAUUUUAAUAAAAUAAUGAAUGAAAGCAUGGUUUCAUUUGAAA